AUGGCCAUCCAUAUAUUUAGUGCCCAGCAAUUAUUUGCACCCAACAGCAACGAUAGUCUCUACUUUCUCCAUAUGUUCAUGGCUGGUCACGACGCCAAAUCAAAACAGAAGCUUGUUCGUGACAGAAACGCAUUUUGCUAUCUAAGCUCGAAAGAGAAGCUUAACAAAUGUUCUAUUACAGACAUUGUUGCUAAGCCUUGUUUGGGUCUGAUCACGCAAGCUCCCGAGAAGCAGAGUCACUGGCCUGGUAUGUCAGAAGGGAAUACUCACUUGCUCACUCUACAAGGCUAUGCAAACGUGACUUCUGUUGACAUUUUUUUCACUCAUGGAGAAGCAAUGUGCCCGAUACUAGGCUACACAACUGAUGGCUAUAAAGUUAACAGACAAGGAACAUCAACAUCUAACCCAUACGCCAUCUUGAAGCCGACCCUCUUUCCAUGCUUCUUCUCGAGUUUGACUGUCGUCUCCGGUUUGCUCAGACUGACAGCACUUUACUGUUUGCCUUAUUUUAGCGGCUUAGUCGUAACUGGCCAAAUGGCUGGUUCGCAACCAACUUCUUACACCUCUCAUUGUCACGUGUUCCGCCCGCUCGGAAACCAAGAUUCCUUAGUCUUCGCCAAAUGUCUUAUGUCCGGGGCAGCCUGA